AUGCUCGUUGAAGCCAUGAAUACAAAUUACGACAAUUUACACUUUAGACCUUCCCAUCACCAUCUUUGUCUUCCUGAAUUAAAACGUUCGGCUUCAGUUUCUUCUCUUAGUUCAUACGCGUCUACUCCCCCUGAAACUCCUACAAUGAACGGUAAAAAUUCAACUGUGACCGAAGAAAACAUACUGGCACUCGGUGAGUCUGGAGCCCUAGCUCAUAACUGGUAUUCUUAUGGCGGUGGUUCAAUUCACGCUGAUGGCCGUUGGUUCAAGGACGAACAGGGGCGAACUUGUAUGUUACGUGGUGUUAAUUUGUGCGGAAAUUCUAAAUUACCUACUAAACCGGAUGGUUCAAGCCAUUUGGUCGAAGGUUUCUUUGAUCAUCGUAAUGUAUCUUUUGUUGGUCGUCCUUUUCCAUUGGAAGAAGUUCACGAACAUUUUUCUAGAUUGAGAACUUGGGGUCUAACUUUUGUAAGAUUACUUGUAACUUGGGAAGCUCUAGAACAUGCUGGACCUGGUAUUUAUGAUGAAGAAUUUAUCGAUUAUUUAAUUAAUGUUAUAAGCGAGAUGCCUCGUUAUGGUAUUAAAUGUUUCAUAGAUCCACAUCAGGAUUGCUGGUCACGUUUUUCAGGUGGUUCGGGUGCUCCAGGUUGGACAUUUGAAGUUGCAGGUCUUGACAUGGAGCAAUUCAAGGCUACAGGUGCUGCUUAUGUUCAUAACACAAAUCAUAACCCUGGAGAACCUUCAUUACCAAUGGUAUGGCCUACAAAUUAUACAAAAUUGGCUAGUAGUACAAUGUUCACCUUAUUUUGGGGUGGUGAUGUAUUUGCACCAGAAACAAAAUAUGAAGGAAUGAACGUUAAAGAUUUUUUACAAGAGAAAUAUAUAAAUUGUUAUAAACAUUUGGCAAGGCGCCUUCAACAUUUGGAUGCUGUUAUGGGAUUCGAAUUAAUGAAUGAACCUCACCCUGGGUAUAUUGGUCUUUCAAAUCUUCUUCAAUAUGAUGCUGGUACCACCCUUGUAUUUGGUGACUCGCCAAACGCAUUGCAGUCGUUUGCUCUUGGUGCUGGUAUGCCUCAGGAAAUUGAAGUAUGGGUUAGAUCAUGGCCAUUUCCUACUAAAAAACAAACUACUCGAAUUCUUAACAAAGAGUGCAAAUCUGCAUGGAUCAAUAAUCAAUGUAUUUGGCAGCAACAUGGUGUAUGGGGAAUUGAUACUAAUACAUCAAAACCUAAAGUCUUAGUUAAAGAUUAUUUCAUGAAACACCCAGAAACUGGAGAAAAACUAGAAUUUUACAAGGAUUUCUAUUUGCCAUUCGUAAAAAAAUAUUCCGAGGGUAUUCAAAGUGUUAAGAAUGAUUAUUAUGUUUUUGUAGAGCCCCUUCCAAAUGAGCCGCCACCAAAAUGGAGAUCUGAAGAUCAUCAUAACAACAUAAUUUAUGCGCCUCAUUGGUAUGACUUGAAAAGUCUGUUUACAAAAACCUUUGACGGCAUGAUUACACAUGAUGUUCAGCGUCUUACUCGUGUAAGUGCCAAGAAGAAUUAUUUAGGUCAAGUUCGAAACAUUAUCAAAUAUGGUCUUGAGAAUGUAGGAGAUAAGCCUUGUGUCAUCGGGGAAUGUGGAAUACCAAUGGAUAUUAAUGAUAAAAAAGCUUUCGAAACUGGUGAUUAUACACAUCAUAGCAAUUUCUUGGAUGCGGUACUAGGUGCAAUGGAAAGGAACCUUGUUAAUUUCACCCUUUGGAACUAUAAUCCAUUAAACGAUAACAUACACGGUGACCAUUGGUAUGGUGAGGAUUUUUCAAUAUAUUCACCACCUCCUUACAAGACUAGUAUGCCGACAACUCCACCUGCAUCAGUAACUUCCGCUGUAACAAGCGAAGCCACGAUCUCCAUUGUAAACAAUGAAUCAUCAUCAAAACUCAAAUCUAGAACGAAACAAACUCUUAAAAUCCAGACAUUUAAGGUUAACGGUUCAAAGGAACAAACUUCUCAAGAUACACUUGAAGAUCAAAAAGAUCAAGUGUUUCAAGACGCGACUGAGGAACCUAAUAGUUCUGAGAUAUAUGCAGAGUGCGAAAACACUAUGGACCAAUUAAGCCCUACAAGCCCUACAUCUCCAUUUGACCUAAAUCCAUGGCAACUUGAACAAGACCAAGAAGAGUCUCAUCAUACAGGAGGCAGAGUCUUGGAUGCAGUUUUGCGUCCAUAUGCUGCCAAAAUUUGUGGUAGACCACAUACCAUGGUGUUUAAUCUAAAAACUAAAGAAUUUACAUUUAAGUUUACAAAUUAUCCAGCAUCACAGCGAAUUGAAAAUUCCGAUUCUCUUAUUGUUGCCCCAGAAACGGAAAUAUAUAUUCCGAGUUAUCAUUAUAAUAAAUUAAAUCUUAAUAUCCGUGUUUCAGAUGGAGAUUGGCGGUAUGUUAAAAGUAGACAAACAUUAUAUUGGAGGGUUAAAGAUUGGAUGACGGAAGGCGUAGAACACACUAUACGAAUAAGAGGCAUUGAAAGUUCAGCGGUCAUUCUAUCAGAGACAUCAGGAAGUGUUGAAUAUACGAAUGAUCAUGUCGAAAAACCAAACAAUUUGAAAAUUGAAGAAAGACCAGUAAAUAUUAAAUGGAUUUUAGGUGCAGUUUUAAUUAUUAUGCUUGCAAUAUUGCCAUUUGAUAUAUUUUGGUGGUUAUUGUCAGGAAUGUGGAGACCAGACAAUAUAGAAUUAAAAAAUGUUACGUUUAUAGUUGAUUAA